GCCUGAAUAUUUCAAUGUUACAUUGCCCUUCAGGGGAGAAAUUUCCCUCUUCAAAGCAUUGAAGUAUGAAGUGCUCGAUGCACUUAAUCUGACGACCAUUCAACUCAUUGUGUAUGCUACGGACUCCAACCCGAGUGGAAACGCCACAGGCUACCCGAUUAGGACGGGCACCGCCACAGUCACCGUCUCCGUGAUAGAUCAAGAUGAUCAGCCACCAAUCUUCCUGCCGAAGGUCUGCUCCACAGUGGCUAGCGGCACACAGCUGUGCGUGAACGCAAAGUACUCAGCAACGGUCAGAGAGAACAAGACUGAGGUGGAAAAUCUUGUCUUUGCCCCUGCAAAAAUCCGUGCGGAAGAUGGCGAUAAGGGAAUCAACGCUAUCAUAAAGUACACGCUUCUGUCUGAAAAUGAGUUCUUUGAAAUCAAUGCAAGCAAUGGACAAAUAAGCAUGAAAAAAGCAGUGCCGAGCAAGACUGAGACACCUGAAAUUAAUUUGCAGAUUGUGGCAUAUCAAGAUGACUUUCAAAAAUUCACAAUUACCACAGCCACCAUUAAAGUGGUCACCAGAAAUGAGAGUCACCCUGCGUUCUCUGAAGCGGAAUACUGUGGCCAUGUUCCCAACAACGCUGACGUCAUCUUUGCCACGAUGUGCAACAGCCCAAACAUCCUACAGCUACAAGUCAACGAUGCAGAUUACGCCACUGGACAUCCAAUUGUUGAAUACACAAUUGUGGGAGAAGGCAAGGAACACAUCGAGAUACAUCCGAAUGGCUAUGUGCUCGUUCGCAGCUCCAACCUCGUCGCAGGCCAGGAGUACACGUUUGACAUAGAAGCGAAGGAUAUUGAAAACGGUGACAUUUCCCAAACUCGCCUCACGAUAAAUGUGCAAGCCGAAACGACCACCGCUCCGACGACCACAACGCCGCCGACCACAGAAACUUCCGCGACAAUCCCUACGACAACAAGACCUGAAAGUGUGUCACCGGGAGGUGGUGUAACCCCGACCAGUAACCCAGCAGACAUUUCCACAGGGUCUGGAAUUAGCAAAGCGACCACUACUUUAUCAACCAAUGCUCAGCAGUCGACUGCAUCCACCUUGAGCAGGCCUACAGGAGGAACCACUGCCAAGACCACGCCUCAUGGUGCUAUUUCUUCUACCACUGCCAGGCCAGGAGGAACUGGGACAACAGUGAAUGUGCCUGAAGGUUCAACCCCGCAAACUACCCAAGGUUCCGAUGGACCAACUGUGACCGGGCCACAGAUAACCACUGGAGGUUCGGAUAGACCAACAGUCCCCGGGCCACAGCCAACCGCUGGAGGUUCCGAUAGACCAACUGCGACCAGGCCACAUUCAACCGCUGGAGGUUCCGAUAGACCAACUGUCCCCGUGCCACAGCCAACCGCUGGAGGUUCCGAUAGACCAACCGUCACCGGGCCACAUCCAACUGAUGGAGGUUCCAACAGACCAACUGUCCCUGACCCACGUCCAACCGCUGGAGGUUCUGACAGCCCAACUCUCCCUGACCCACGUCCGACCUCUGGAGGACCAGAAAAAAUCUACACGGCAAAGGAUAUGGCCAUCGUGGGUGGAGUCCUUGGUGCGCUCCUGGCGGUCGCACUUGGGGUUAUCGGAUUCCUCCUCUUUAAGGUGCUUUCCAAGAAAAAGAAGCCGGUCAAAAUUGAGGACGAUGCCCAUUAUGGCGGCGGUGGUGGUGAUGAUGGCGGCUAUGCCAACAGCCGCAAAGGAAGCGGGCAGCAAGAUGACAUUUCCAUCGGAGAUAUUGGAAGGGAUGACGAUCUCAACAUAGUGAACCAUUACAUCCACUUGCCUAAAGAUCACAUGCAGGACACGGACGUGGAUCGUAGCAGCGGGUACAACUCGGUAUCGGGCAGGCCGACAACGCCAAUGCUGGAGGACAUGGAGGAGCAUUCGGCGCCCCCGCCGCAGCCGCGCGACAACCCGGCGUUCGAGGCGGACGCAGCCGUCGCCGCCGCCGCCGCCGCCGCCACCGUCGCCGCCGCCGACGACGAGCAGGCCACCCACACCAAGUCCAUCCUCGUGACGAUGAACAGCAACGAAAAGGUGGCCAACGACAAGGCCGGCUACAAGGCCGUGUGGUUCAAGGACGAGGUCAUUCCCGACGGCGGCGAGGCAGCGGACGAGGCGGACGGCAGGGCGGCGGGGGGGGUACGGUUCGAUGGCGAGCCGGCGGAUGACGCGGAGGGGAAAGAGUCAUCCGGAGCGGCGGUUGCUGGCAGCGGCCUGGAUUCGAGCGCGAUGCACAUGGGAGGCGCGGUUGCAGAAGAUGAUGAGUUUGCCUCCCUGUAGUUGAGUCUUUUUCCGAAUUAAGGCUUUAAAGUUUUUUUUUUUUUUGUGAGCACUGUCGUUUUGCCUAGAUUUUUUAACUCGCAUGUGUAUGUUGGUGGUAAAGAAACAUCUAAAUUGUAAAAGAGAGUAAAUGUAGGAAUUAUUUGAGUGGAUUUUAAUGGGAUAUGGGUUAUCUGGGAAUUGCGCAGACAGCCGUGGUAAUAUCGGAGUGGGGACUCAGGAUAUGCUCUCUAGGUGGGGACAUAAAAUAUGAACACCCAGCUUCUCACCCCUCUUACCUAACCAUGGUAAAAAGAAUAGCGCACAAUGCCAAAUAUUCCUUCCAACCUUUUGAUCUCCUAUUGCCAAAGCAUUGUUUUGACCAACCCCUCGUAAUAAAGACAACUGUAUAGUAGAAUUCGGAUUGCUAGGAACAUAAUACCUGCAACUGCACCACAAAGCCGCAUCCAGUGGAGCUGGAGAGGUCAGGGACGCUCUCCAUGCAGGAGUCACGACACUGUGCAGGAAGGCAAUCCACGCUUCGCUGCUUGAUCAGAUCACAAAAGUACCGGCUCGUAGUGAAUUCUCAAAAACCGCUGACUGUGAAAGGUUAAACACGAGGCCUGUGACAUAAGGCACGCGGACAUUUUCGACCACUGCCGGUGUUUUCAAUCGGGGUUGGCAUUUAUCAUCAAAUCACGUAGGUAAAAAAUUAAAAUUAAUAAAAGUAAAAAAUACAAUUUUAAAAAAUCAUGACGUUUCGGAGGCAAUACAAGCCUCCGUCUUCAGGUGGAACCGUCACAGCACGCUUGCUGUAUCAAGUAAAUGAGAAAUUCCAAGAGAUCCGACCCCGUAUAUAUACUGGUUGAGGGGGAAGGAGCCAGGGCAGGCCCCUGGAUUUUUAUUUUACUUUUAUUAAUUUAAUUUUUUUACCUACGUGACUUUACCGAAAAACCCAAGAAUAUGAAUCCUUGCAGUCACCAAAGCUUCAAAUCUAGAAUUUAUCAUCAACUGGGGGAGGAUGUUAGCCGUGGUCAGCGUUGCAUAUGGAGUCGAACAAGAGUCCGCCCGGAGUUUAAGUGCGAUGAAAGCUGCGGUUAUUUUCACGUCACAUUCUCUCAACAGUAGAGGCGGCAUCUGGUUUAGAUAAGACGGGUGGGCGAACGUGAAUGAAACAAGUCCCCAGACACAAACUACGAGUGUUGGGGUUUAGCGGAGGGCUCCAGACCCAAGUCCAUCCGGCUGCUCGGGUACACACCACAGCAGUGGGGCAUCCUGCCGGAUGGAAGUGGUGACAGCCAUGGGCAAGGUCACACAUCUCACGAGAGAUAUUUGAGAGGGCCCGAGAGCUGGGUUUUGUCUGGUGCCAGGCUUUAGCCCUUUACAAGCCACUACAUGCACAUUGAUGGGCCGUGCACCUCCAAUUGGCAUGGCUGGCUACGUAAGGUGUGAAAGAAGUUCUACAUACAUACAUGCACGAGCACAUUGGAAGCACAUUCUCAUUGAGAGAAUGACGCCGUUAUCAAUCGAUUACAAUCCUACAAAGGGAAGAGCCACACGCUGGACGCAAUUGUGUUUGCAACUUGUUUUGGCCAAUAUUGUUGUUGUUAUAGUGCCUGCCUUUAUCUUUUAAAACAUCAAAUGUUCAAUCCGCGGCCGAAUAUUGACCGCGUUAGAAAUUGCGAGGCGCUUUUCCUCCACCUUACUGUUUUGUUAAACUCUGGAAUCGAUGGUAAAUAUUCAUGUGAAGCACGUGGGGUUUUUCGCGUCACGUGAUCUGUAUGUUAUGAUUAAAGUGAACUGUCGUUCAGCUGCCAAUGUUGGUGCCCUUUUAACAGUCCAGUUUGCAGUUUUUUAUCUGCACCGAGACUAAUUUAAUAACCGUGGUUUUUAUGAACACAUUAAUUCCACUUCCGUACGAACUCCCACGUGGAAUUGAAUGUGUGGCAUCAAUGUAAUUAUGUAUAGUAUAUGCAACACACGUCGAUUAUCUUGGAUUAGAAUGGUUCAGUUUCCUUAUUUAAUUUACAUGACCACGUUUAUCGACGCAUCUUGGGCCUCUAUGCUAACAGUAAAACACAUUACAAGUGAGGAUUAGGCUAAAGCCUCAUCUUUUAUGUGCUAAUCAUCGAAUGUACUGUCAACAAUUACGUGCAAUGAUAUUGUCUAUCUAUUAAGUAAUUAAACUUGUAAAAUUUGUCUGUGAA